CUGGAGCAGUAGACAGAAGAGGCUCGCCAGGAUUCUCCAUAAUUCAUCGGGCGAAUCGAGUUCCAGACCUCACAAAUUCAAUAGCGCGAGAUCUGGUGGUGAUUCUGUCGGUUCUUCCGAGAUUCCAGGUUUCGGCUUUGUCGGGCAAGAGAUGUCGGCUUCAUCGUCGAAGAUUGUUCUUCCAUGUUCAUCCGCUUAUUUAGACGCAUCCCAACCAGUGGAAACAUUGGCAAUGCCGGAUUUAGGCAUUAAGCUUGAGACGCAUCCGUUUGCUUUUGGGACAGAUUUCGGAUUGAUGGAGACAUCCUUAUUCACCGAAACGCAGCAGUUGCCUCAGCCGCAAUCAAGCAUCCAAUUCUCACCCGACAGCCAAGAACUCUUGUCCAGGAUGGAUGACCAUUGUUUCUACGACAUCCUCGGACCAUGUGAUUCAGCCGAACAAUUCUCUCUUCCCCAGCCGUUCUUUGAGCCGCCGAGAAGCCGCCGACAUGUUGGGAGGGAUGAACCAGACGUCUUCUUGGAUGAUUUCCCUUCUGACAUGUUUGAUCAAGCUGAUCCACUUCAUAGUAAUCCAUUUGACUGAUGGCGAGGUUUCUGGCAUUGUAAACGAUGUCUGUUUAGGCCUAAUUAGCUCAGUUCUAACUGAUUUGUCUCUGGAUGUUCUUAGCAAUAGAUAUGACUGCAUUCCUCUGUGUUUUCCUUGUUGCUUGUGCUAUAUCUCUCGCU